AUGAUCAAUAUCUUCACUGUCCUAAAUUACACGGAGGAAAGGCAGGUGAAUUUUGCCGUAUUCCAGUUUGAAGGAUUAGCCAGAGCCUGGUGGAAUGUGAUUAGGGCUAAGUGGGAGAGAGAACGAACAACAUGGACUUGGGCAAACUUCAUACGAGAGUUUAAUGAGAAAUAUCUUCCACCCAUAGUCCAGGAGAAAAGGGAGGACGAUUUCAUUAGGCUACGUCAGGGAGCCUUAAGUAUAUCUGAGUAUGAGACUCAGUUUACCAAGUUAUCCAAAUUUGGCCCUGAAUUGGUAGCUACGGAGCAAAGGAGGGUGAGGCAGUUUGUACAAGGGUUGAAUGUAGAAAUACAAGAGGCUUUGGCAGUGGCACAAAUUAAUACUUUCACGGAGGUUCUGGAGAAAGUCCAGAGGAUUGAAAUUGCAAGGGUGCAGGACGUGACGGUGGUCCAAGACGCUCAUUGA